AUGACCAACUUCGCAAUACUUCCCUUGCAGCUUCUCCUUCCCGUCAUCGCCGCUGCCCUCCAACCAAAAGCCACCGACCUUCUCUUCCGCUGCGGCCAACGUCCGGCCAACUCGAUCGGAGUGAUCACCGCAGGGCAGUCCACCUGGCCAGGGCAAUUUCCGUGGCACGCCGCUCUGUACCGACGCCAGCUGCUCGGCAGUGAGUAUAUCUGCGGAGGAUUCCUGGUGAGUGACCGCGUUGUCGUAACGGCUGCUCACUGCGUAACGGCUCCGAAUGGGUACCAGAUGGUUCCGGAAGCGCUGUUGGUGAGGUUGGGGGUUCAUGAGCUGUUGGCGAUGUCGAGGGAUGGACAGGAACAUCGCGUUGAGAGGGUUUAUCGACACGAGGAGUAUGAGGGUAGUUCGUAUCGGCACGACGUGGCGGUUCUGAUGCUGCAGACUGUGGUGGAGUUCACCAGGUUUGUUCAGCCGGUUUGUUUGUGGAACGUGGGGGAGUUUGGGACGGGGCUUGACCUGGUUGGAACUGUUUCUGGUUGGGGACUGACGGAGUAUGACGUGUUGGCGAACUCGCUGAAGUCCGCGAGGCUACCCAUGGUCAGCUAUUUGGAUUGUUUGGAGAAGGAUAGGGACGUGUUUGCGCCGGUUUUGUUUGAUGGGAUGUUCUGUGCGGGACUUGACAAUGGAACCAACGUCUGCAACGGUGACAGUGGAGGAGCAUUCGUAGUGAACAUAAAUGGAACGUGGAUCGCACGAGGAAUCAUUUCAUUCACCGGAUUAAGGGAGUCUACCGUAACGUUGUGCAAUCCCAAAAGCUACGCCGGAUUCGUCAACUUGCCCAGAUACGUGGAAUGGAUUGAAAAAGUUGCUAAUGCAAACCGUUUUGUACCAAUUGAAUCUUCCACAGACAACGGAAACGUCACGAAGAAUGAUUAUCCCUCUUCCGAGUCCUUCUCAGCGACACAAAGCAUCAACACAAAAAAAUGUGCCCAGUAUCGGAACGGUUCCGGCGGUACGGGCCAGGAUUUGUCCUAUCUGGCGUUCGUUGCGAGGGAGACUCCAUUCAUGCGUGUGAUUGAUUGUUUCGCCGUAUUGAUAAGUGAGCACUUUCUAAUCUCAACGGCAGACUGUCGUCUUGCCAGUCAAGCCUGCCCAGAGCAAUUCGUUAUUAUCGAAACGGAAGGUCGUACGCUCCGGUACGGGAUUCGGAAUUUUCAUCAACAUCCCAAGUUCAUCGCCAGCCCGACCGAAAACAACCUCGCACUAAUUGAGCUGGAAAGAAACGUAUCAAUCCCUAGCCAGCAGCUUGUGUGCCUCCACGACCGCUCCUUGUGGAGCCGGGAGGAGCUCGAUUUGGCGAAAAUCAUUCUCUACUCGGCGGUGGACGUGGCAAAACAGCCAACGCCGCCGUCGCCACUAAUGGAGUCGGUGAAUUGUUUUGAUCAACUGCUGGCCCCGUCUAUUAUGGUUCCCGCGGACGGAUUCCUCCACUUGGCCGGGCUGGUUGUGAACAGCACGUGUGCCAGGAUUCGGUUCAUAAAGCUGUACAAGUUCAUCCCGUGGAUCGAGGGCAUUGUUUGGAAGGAUGACGAUUGA